CGAGCAAGUACGCAAAUCAAAAUCAUUUGACGCAAUACAGCAAAAAUUGAGGUGGUGUUUUACUGCAAUCGUGUUGUAAUAUUUUUAAAGAAAAAAAAAAUAAUAUGGAUAGAUUUUAUGAGGACAAUAACGAUGUAUCUGCUAUAUUUUUUGACUUGGACAACACGUUAAUCCAAACAAGAAAGGGCGAUAGCAAGGCCUGCAAUAAGAUGGUGGAAGUUCUAGAGCACAAAUACGGCUUGCACCGCGAGACGGCCUGCGAGAGCGCGACCACCUUCCUGCGCGCCUUCCGAGCCAGGCCCGACGACGACACCUUCGCUGUUGACGAGUGGCCCACGCAUCUGUGGCGGAACUCGCUGCCCAAGAACUACAGGCAUAUUGCCAAACAUGUAUCAGAGGAAUGGUUAAAACUAAGAUUUCAUUAUUUAACAUUGACCCCCGAUGUAAUACAUCUAUUGGAAACAUUGAGGGAGGAUUAUCUCCUCGGUCUGAUCACCAACGGGCCCUCGCGAGCCCAGUGGCAGAAGAUCGAGCGCCUUGGACUGAGGAAGUACUUCGAUUGCCUGCUGGUCUCCGGGGACCUGCCCUGGGAGAAGCCCGACCAGAACAUCUUUCUGGAGGCCUGCAAGCUGUUGGGCGUUGAAGCCAGGACUUGUAUCAUGGUUGGGGACAAGCUUGAAACAGAUAUUAAGGGGGGUAAAGAAGCCGAACUAGGCGGCACAGUCUGGAUUCCACUGCAUUCCGACGAAAUGGAAUCCGACCUACCCGACUUCACGAUCCAGAAGGUGACGGAAUUACCAGAAGUGCUGCCAAACUCGCCGAAAAUGAAGAGAUCCGCGCAGACGUCGAAAAUAUGUUGACAGUAGAAACUUAGUAUAUAUUGUGACACUUAAUGGUGAGUAGUCGAACCCCUAAUGGCAACUUGUUAAACAUAAUCUGUAUGCCUUAAUGGCGAGUACAGUGGUUAUUAGCCAGGGUAAGCACAGAUCAAAUAGACUACAUGUAGGUAGGUACAAAGCAGACAUGUCAAAAAUAUAAAAGCUUUGAUGCAUGAUGCGUUACAUCACCCAAAUUGAGCUAUUUGUUAUAGCUUUAUGGACGUAGAUCCAUUUGCAAUUAAACACAAGUUAAUAAUUCUAAUUAUUAACCUGUAUUUGGUUAUAUAGGAGGAGGUAUAGGAAUAGGGUUGCCAACAUUUUUUGAGAAAAAUAUAGUAUUUUUUCAGAUUUAGCUAUAAGAGAAAAUAUAGUAUUUUACGGAAUAAGUGAAAAAAAAAAACGUUUAUGAUUGAAUUUAUUGCAUAUUUCUUUUUUUAUCUUUUGCUUGAAGUACGAAAUUCGAUAAUAUGCUUUUGUCUGCCGAAAAGUAAUGUUAAAUAAAGUUCAAAAUUAAAGAUUUGUUUGUUAAAUUUCAGUGUUGAAAAUAUAGUAUUUUUGCGUAUUAUAUAUUUCUUUAAUAGUAUAUAGUAGGUACGCAGACCCAAAAUAUAGUACAAUACUAUAGUACGGUUGGCAACCCUAUAUAGGAAUAUACCUAUACCUAUAGAAAAUGUAGGUAUAGGUAUAUUUGCAAUGUUAGAGUAAUAACUAAAACACUAAAACAAUCUGUCACUAAAAUUUGCGAAGGUGCCAAGCUAUUAGUUACAGCUUUGAGAAGUCAUAUAUUCAUUUGCAAAUGAACUUGUAAAGUUAAAUACAUUUUAAUGUCUUUCCAACUAAAAUUAGUGUAAAUAUUGUCACUAAAAUUAGUAAAGAUGUUAAAGGGAUGAGUUAUAUCUUAUAUCUUUCUGAAGUCAUUCAGAAAUUCAGAUAUUCAUUUCAUUUGUCAUGAAUAUUGUAAUUUCGAACAAAUACUUAUUUUACUCUUAUUUUAUUUAAUAUUAUAGGAAACAACUAACUAAAGUGAUAUAACUAAAAGUAGUUUGUGAGUUAGUACAAUAUGCGACGAAUUUAUGUAAAUAUUCCAACGAAGUGUUAUUUUGGGCUAACAUGCAAUUAACCUAAAAUGAUAAAUAGCUAUUUAAUUACCAAAGUCAUUGUGAAUGGUUGAAUUUCAAUUUUAAACUAAAACUUGUAACUUAGGAUCUUAAGGAUAUUAAUGUGUGAUUAUGGAGGUAACAAAAAUAUACCUAUAAAGAAAAUAUGUUCUAAUACAAGAAACGACCUUCACCUCUGUGUUAAUGGAACGAAAAGGGUUUUUAAAUCAUAUUCGGUAUGGAAAAAACUAAAAAACAUCCUUUUUUAUAUUAAAUUAAUUAUAGCUUGGCUAGGUGUAUACGACCUACUCUCGGUAUAUUUUUAAUUAACUACUUUUACAUAUCUGAACUAAGAGGAAAAGAAAUCGCGGCAAACAUUUUUAUUUUAGUCGCAAUUAAAAUUUAAACUAGAACAUUGUUGCUCAAUUUAUUGUAUUAUUGUGGUUUUUGCAACUUCGUAGUUCUUACUAAAAUUGCCACCUUUGUUAACGAUGACCUGAAAUUGUAGCUCAAGCUUGCAAUUAUUAAUAACGAAUUUCAAUUAAAAAAACCUUGCUAUAUUAUCUAUACUAAUAUUAUAAAGAGGUAAAGUUUGUAAGUUUGUAAGUUUGUCACAUUUUUUAAAUGGGGUAAUCUUCGGAACUACUGGUCCGAUUUUAAAAAUUCUUUCACCAGUAGAAUGCUACAUUAUCGGGGAGUGCUAUAGGCUAUAUUUUAUAUUGGUAUCAUAUAUAUUAGCCGAGUUAUCACAGUUUUUGUCAUACAGGUCGGACUGAAAAUCCUCUUAAACAGACUUAUUCGCAUGCGCUGCCUUAACUAUUGUGUAAAAUUGAAAUUAAUGUAUGGAGACUUUAUGUAUCUUCAAAAGUUCUACAAAAAAAUCCGCGACACCAUAUAUCUAUCUUCUAUAUAUUAGCAGAUAUAGUACCUUUUGUGUUUUAAAAAUUAUUAAUUUUAUAUACUUAGGUUUACGUCAUUAUUUAUACAACUAAACUUUAAUCCUUAUUAAAAUAAAUUAUUUAAUAAUCACAAGGAUAUUAUGGAGAUAAGAUUUGCCCUUUACAGUAUGUUAAUUACUUAAAUAGUUUCGGAGAUAAUACAAAAUUUCUAAAAGACGCAGAAAUUCCGCUAUAUGACGCCCGGUGCUUUCAUUUACGUAGUUCCCGUUCCCGCGUGAAUAUUGGGAUCAAACAUAGCCUAUGACACUCGCAAAUAACGUAGCUUUCUAUUGGUAAAACAAUUUUCCAAAUCGGUCCAGUAGUUCCAGAGAUUACCUCCUACAACCACACGAACUUUACCUCUUUAUAUUAUUAGCAUAGAAGUCUCUAUUUCUCUUGGUCAUACCACCACUCUCGAAGGACUGAACCGAUUUUGCUAAGGGUAGGAGUAAGAUAGAGAAGUUACAGGGUAGGGUAGGGGUAGGGUAGGUUUAGGGCCGGGUUUAGGGUAGUGGUAGGGUAGGGGUAGAGGUAGGGUAGUGGUAGGGUAGAGGUACGGGUAGGAUAGGGAAGUGGUAGGGUAGGGGUAGGAUAGGCGUGAGAUAGGGGUACGGGUGGGAUAGGGGUAGGAAAGGGAUAGUGUACGGGGAGGGUAGGGGUAGGAUGGGGGUAGGGGUAGGAUGGGGGUAGGGGUAGGAUGGGGGUAGGGGUAGGAUGGGGGUAGGGUAGGGUAGGGGUAGGGUAGAUGUAGGGGUUGGGUAGUGGUAGGGUAGGGGUAGGGUAGGGUAGGGGUAGACGAAAGCGGACGAAGUCGCGGGCAUCCGCUAGUACUUUAUAUAUGUAAUCUAAUUUUAUUAUAAACUACUAGUAAAAUUAGAAAAAAUAUCGUUAAGGAAGAAAACAGUGUCAUUUCGCAAGCUUAUUCUGAAUUUAAAUUAUCUAUAUUUUGAUCAUUUUAUGUUUUAAACAUUGAAAAUUUUACUAAUUUCAAUGGUUUGUAUAACAAAAUGGCAUAUUCUCAUUAAGCUUUUGGGUCUGAUGAUAAUGUGAUUCUUAUUUUUUCAUAUUUUAAAAUUAAUUUUAUUGUCGAUGGUGCUAUAAAUUGUAUAAAGGUUUUCUUAACUUAACUUCUUUCGUUUCUGGUUGGUGGGAGGCUUCGGCCGUGGCUUGUUACCACCCUACCGGCAAAGACAUACCGCCAAGCGAUUUAGUGUUCCGGUAGAUACCGAAAGUAAGCCCGUUUCCAUCUCGCAUCAUCACUUACCAUCAAGUGAGAUUUUUGUCAUGGGCUAUUUUGUUAAGAAAAAAUAUUGUAUGUCGGGAAGAUGUACAAAAAAUAAUCUAAAGUGACCUAAAGUUUGUGUCAACAAAGUUGUUUAUAACAGAGAAACAUGAUGAUCCAAACAAUGUUUACUGUCACAACACAAUAUGUAAAAUCUGCCAAGUUUAUUUAUAAACCUUUUAUGUGCUUCUUUCCUACGUAUCGAACGUACUCCAUCUAAUAUAUAAAAUUUUCGUGUCACAGUUUCCUCCGAAACGGCUUGACCGAUUUUGAUGAAAUUUUUUGUGCUUAUCCGAUAUCUAUGAGAAUAGGCCAACAUCUAUUUUUCAAACCCCUAAAUCCUAGGGGUAGGGUAAAAGUAGGGUAUGACUAGGGUAGGGGUAGGGUUGAGGUAAUGUAGGGGUAGGGUAGGGAUAGGGAAGAAGUGCAUCAUAAGUCAAAGCGAAGCUCGAGCGGGUCCGCUAGUAGGUAUAUAUUAUUUUUAAAACUUUUUUUAAAAUUCUUUACAAGUAAGCCUAUAAUCUCAUAUGGUAAGUGAUGAUGCUAACUUGUUAUGAGGAGGAUGUCUAGACCCCUUUCGAUUAUGACAUCGUACCGGAACCCUAAAUCGCUUGGUUACGUCUUUGCUGGUAGGGUGGUAACUAGCCACGGCCGAAGCCUCCAACCAGCCACCUAACUUUGUAUUUAAAAAAAGUUAUUUUAUCGCAUGGUAUAAGACAACCUGAAUUUAGAAUAGUUAUAAAUUGUUUUCUAAUUGCGCUAAAUAAGGAAAAGAAUUUUGAAAUACAUAUCGAAAAUUCAAACUGUAAAUACAAACAAAUAAAAUAAUUUGAUAUGUAUUUUUUAAUUUGUACAUUUACAAAAAUAAAACUAUUCUUCGUCCUAUUUUUAUAUUUGUAACAAAAAGUUAAGCAAAAAGCAAAUAUUGAGAGGGUUUUCAAGGUACAUUCAAAUUAACCUCCACCAGGGACGGAUUCAGGCAACGGCUAAAUUGAAUGGACCCUUAUAAAUGUAACAAUUAAAAUACCACCCUUGAAGUACAACAUUAAUUUAAAUUUAUAGUACAAAAUAUGUAUUAUUGUUAUCUUGUACAGACAUUUGAGGCUAAAUAACUUUUAUAUUCCAAGCAAUUCUACUUUUGUAUACUCUGCCAAUCAAUAUAAGUAGUAUUUCUGACUUCGCUACCUCAGCUUCGCCUAAUUUAUGAAGUUGAUUUUUAAAUUUUGUUUUCAUAUAAAUCGUAUUUCAAAACAAAACCUAAUUUUUGACGGCCGCGUGGCGCAGUGGGUAGUGACCCUGCUUUCUGCAUCUACGGCCGUGGGUUCAAUUCCCACAACUGGAAAAUAUUUGUGUGAUGAGCAUGGGUGUUUUCCAGUGUCUGUGUGUAUUUAUACAUUAUAUAAGUAUUUAUAUGUAGUAUAUAAUUGAAUAUUAAUAUUAUAAUAUCAACUAUCUUAGCACCCAUAACACAAGCUACUCUGUAAGCUUACUUUGGGGCUAGAUAGUGAUGUGUAUUGUUUAAGUAUAUAUAUAUAUAUAUAUUAUAAUUUAUUGUGUAUUUUUUCUGCAUCCCUGACAUAUCAUGCUAAAUGAUUAAGUAGUUAAGCUUUCAAACGUGCUAUAUCACUAAAUAAUAGAAUAUCACUAAGACGUGAUAGCGUAAACUAUCUUCACAUUGUUAGUUUUAGUUGAAUAUUAAAUUUAAAAAAAAACUUUAUUUUAUAUUUUAUAAACCUCUAAUGGUUAACUAAAUAGACCUGUUUUAAAUAUUCUUUAAAUACUUUCUGUACAGUAAACACGUAUUUGUUAUGAAUAAUUUAAUUCCCGUAUACCGUAAAAUUAGCUGUCGCGCGGUGGUUUAGCAUGUAAUCGAUUGUCUAACUAACCGUGACUUGCGUUUGGCUUAUUUUUACAAGACAGGGACGUAAUCAUAACUUGAGGCGGAAUGUAUUCUCAAAAAAUAUUAUUAUGAUCUGUGCCACAAUACCCCUCUGCAUACAUGUUCAGGAGUACGAAAUAGGAAAUCUUUCUCAGUAAAGUACAGUUGCCGACAGUUUUAGACGCAAAUAGAACCGUAGGCGACAGACAAAUGAAAUUGUGUAAUUUUCAUACAAUAUUCAAUUGUUAAACUUUGGGUUUUUUUUUACUCGAGUUCUGUACCUAUUUAUUCUAGCACUGUGAAUAAUAUAUUUUUAUGACAUUUCUAUAGAUCAUAAUCUGUGUAGCUUAUAGUUUUUUUAGACAAAUAUGUAUUUCAAGCACGUUUCUUUUAAAUCUAUAUACCUCAUGAAUAUAUUCAGUGAUCUUUUGUUCCUUAUUUAAAAAAAGAUAACCUACGCCUUUUAUACUGUACCUACUGUGAAAAAACUUCACGCUUUACUGCAGCUUUAAAUAGCAAUUUUAUUUUUUAAAAAAUAUCAAAUGUACAUAAUAUAUCAUAAGAAAAGUCUAUAAAUAAUUCAUCUUUCUGAUUUCCUAAUAUAAUAGGAAAGUGUAGUCUUAACAAAUAUCUUACAACUUAAUUUUAGAUUUGAGAUGGCUUUCAUAAAGAAAGAAUUUUUAUUUGGUUAAAAUAUAAUCUUGUUCGAGAUACAUGUUUGUAUAUCUAUGUUGAAUGUGUUUCUAUUACCAUAGUAAUGAAUAAAAAUAUAUACAAUAUUUUUACUAACAAAACUUAGGAAUUGUAACUGUAUGUCAGUUUUAAUAGUGUCAACGUUUAUUAACGUCUUAGUUUAAAGCAAAUCAAUCAUUAAUACUUAAAAUACUAAAUUCAAUUAAAAAUAAAGGCAAUGUAGCACUAAAGAAAAAUAUUGAUUACUAUACGAUCAUAAUGUUAUUAUUAGGUAGGUACAUAUUUAAUACUUACUUAAUUAAUAUACACCAUAGCUAUAUUUCUUUCCUAGUAGCCUAGCUCCGGCCCUGCAUUAAAUUAACGAUUUUCAAACGUAGAUUCUAUUAAAACUGUCAAAAGCUCUUUUAGAUCUUAUGAACAGACUGGGUGAUGUGAUAAAUAGAAUAAUAGAGCGAUGUUCAAUUAUAAAUUAAGCAAUCUACUGAAUAAAAUAGAUAAUUAAUUAAAUAUAAUAUUAAUUAUGUAUUUAAAGUAGGUAUAUAUGAAUUCAAAAUAUAUACAUCGUGUUUAGUGGAUUGUGCUACUUUAUUUUUUGAAUAUGUAACAAUAAAUAAGUAAUAAAUAUAAGGGUCAGUAGGUAAAGCAUGUAAAUAAGUGUCAUAUUUAAUGAGAUAUUUAAUUAUUUUUGCACAUAUAAAAUAUUAAAUGAGUAGGUAUAAAAAAGAGUUUUUAUUGGCGUUAAUUUUAAGUUAAAAUAAACUUAAAUUAUAACGGUAUGUUUCUGAAAGCUUAGAUUUAAAUUUAGUUUAGUUCCGUCCUAAAUUCCUAGUUAUUUUUUGUCAUAGUUGUUUUAGAAAAUCUGAAUGUUAGUAGGUAGUUGUAAUAUUUUUAUAUCUAUCCUUAGGUAUUUUAUAAUUUUUAAGACUUUUUAAUAAAACUAGAAUUUUGGUUUUUUUUGUUAAGGUUUUACCAAAUUCGACAAAAUUAAGAAAAAUAAAAAAAUUGGAGAUUAGAAACGUCAAAAAAAUAAUAUGAAACAUUUUUUUAGAAACCUCUAAAUAAUUAGAUACCUAAUAAUAGUACCUACUAUAAUUGUCCUUCUAUUAAAAAGUGGAUGCACAAUCAGCGACCAAAAAAAUGUUUCCACUCAAUGAGUGCCAAACACAGCUUCUUGGCACUAAAUGUAAUAGUCGUAUUUGCAAAUUCAACCUUAAACUCAAGGCUUAAGGUUUAAUUUUCUCUGAAUUUGGGAUUUUAUUGAAUAUUGGACUAUAUUUAAAGGCCUUUAGUUAUAAUGUCUUUACCAAUGAUUCUAAAACUGUCAAAGCAAAAUUGGUCAGGUUUUAAGUGAAAUUUUCUACAUGAUUGUGCGUCCUUUUAUUAUAAGAGGUCAAUGACCUACUAAAUAAAAUAAGGGUUUUACAAUAUAUUGUGUAGUUUAUGUAGAAAAUUAAGUACAUAGCUAAUUUCAUUUCUGAUUACCUGAUGGUACCUAGCAUAGUAAGUUAUUAAUUUGUUGAUGUUUAAAAAAUUUAUUCGGUGUUGUGAUUAAGUUUAGUUUUGUAACAUUUGUAAAUGUGGUUAUUUUACUGACGUAGAUUUAAGGUUACUACUCAUUAUAGCAACGCAGCAUCUACUCGCUGCGCCUCGUGACAUUGCAAGCGAAGCGACCCAUUUGCGCUGGAGUUCAUGUUAAGUCCGGCCGCUCAGAGAUUGCGUUUCUGACACCUGUCAAUGUCAUCUUUUUAAGUUUAUUUUAUAGUUAAUUGUGAAUAAUUUUAGCCCAAAAUUAAUACGUUUAUUAUAAGUUGCCAUAAUUAUUAAAUUUUUUAUGCUAUUAAGGUCAAUAAAAAGUAUUUAAAUAUCUCAUUGACAUUGACAGGUGUCAGAAACGCAAUCUCUGAGCGGUCGGACUUUAGUGAGCGUAAAUGUAUAUAGAAAUCCAUGCACAGACAAUUUAUACGAAGCAGGAUUGGAUGGUUGCUGGGUGGAUAUAAUAAGCUAUGACCCUUAUUGUCAAAAAAGCUGUGUUAUUUUCGAAUACACUUUUCUUAACAAAAUAGA